AACGUCUCUCAAAAGCAAUUCCCGCCGCUCGCAAUGUUGCGAAUUUGUUCUCGAUUUUAUUGCAGAAUUGCAACUAAAACUAUUAUUAAAGUGCCAAAGGCCAUUUCGAAAACGAAAACUUGUAGUCAACUUGAUUUUACUCAAUUGAAUCAUCCAACAAAAGUGCCGCAGACGCCGGUGGCAAACACAUUUCCCGACACCAGUGACAACAAGAUUGAAAUCGACACGAAAACGAUUCAACUUUUGGAGCGUCUGUCGUUGGUGGAUCUGGACAGUGGGGAGGCGCUGACCACGCUAAAGAGCAGCAUUCAAUUCGCAGACAAGAUAGCUCACAUAGACACACACGAGGUUCGGCCGUUGUACACGGUGCUGGAAAAGCAGCAGCUUCAGUUACGCAACGACCAAGUGACAGAGGGAGAUUGCCGGGAGGAGCUGCUGCGUAUUGCCAAGGUCACAGACGAGGACUACUACGUGUCGCCCCCGGGCAACAUACCGUUGGAACAGCUCGACAAACAAUAACCAUGUCCGGUCGCUUAAGCC